AAAUAUUUAUCUUAUUUUCGUCGAGGAUUUAACAUAUAGAAAACUGGCGACCAAAUGAUGCUUGAACAUCAAGACUCCCCGGUACUCCAUCAACCAUCCAUACACGAGUAGAAAGUACAGUGCAAUAAUCAUCAUCAAAUUUCAGCUGAAUGAAGGUUGCGAGUGAUACACCACGGAGUUCAACAGCGUCAUGCCGUCGCUUUCAUGAUAGUGUUGGAGUGUGGCCAAGUGAUGAGGCCAGCGUGGGUGAUUAUAAUGUUUAUGCCGAGGUAUGCGUGGGCGGCGGUGCUGGUGCUGGUAUGGGCGGCACCUACUUCCGUGAGGACGGAGAAACUUUCAGCCUUCCAGCGCGGUCAAAACAGAGAAUUUGACCUCAGCAAUGACAAUUUUAAUUUCAAUCUCAGACCAGGCAUUCUUUCUGGUCACGCUAUCAGGUCGAGUGAGGUGGGGCUCUCCACUCCUCAGAGUUUUCUAACCCCCGCCACCCCUCUGUUAGUGCUGGACGCGCCACCGGCACCCAUACCCACCUUCCCUCCGGCCACUUCCAGUGAAGAAUUCACAUUUCCCAUUAGGAGACCAACAGUAAUCCCGCACCGACCAUUACCCAUCAUCCCACAAGGGCCUGUUGCAGGCUUCCCUCAGGGCCCCGUCCCUGCCAUCAACGCCUUGUACGACGUGCCCAACGCGGAGACGAGCCCACAGAGCACCCGGGGCUCCUGCCGACCCCAAACCGUCGUGGUCACUUCCAGGAAUGUUGUGGUGUCUACCAGAGUGUCCGUCUCACAGGUGGUGGUGCCGACCACGGUGGUACAGAGGGUCACCUCCACGGCAUACCAGGUCCAGACAGAGUUACAGACCUCCUACGUCACAGUCCAGGGUCCUACUCAGGUGGUGACGUCACGAGUGGUAGAGGCCCGCUACGUGACACAGACGACAACAGUCACCAGCCCCGUACUACAAACGGUCACCAGCAUCACUACGAAAUACCAACAGCAGUACGUCACCAAUACGCAAACGCAGUACGUCCCAAACACAGCCUGUCCCUCAACUCCCAUGAUGGGGUAUUCUUACUCUAAACCUACUGCCGACAGUGCCUUGAAUGCGGAUAGUGGUCAAUACGACGACGCCGUUGUCAGACCUUUGCCAGGUGGCUACUACGGCAGCGCCAUCAGCACCACCGGCUACCAAGGACCAUUCUACGGUCCGUUCUACACCAUGCCCAUCGGCUAUCAGAGUAGGAAGAAGGGAGUAUUUUCCAAGUGGUGAUUAUAGACGAAGGACUCCUUCCUCCACCCGCUGGCGGCCUCGAAACACUACCUCUACAUGAUCCAUUCUGUGUUCUGUACACUUUUAUAUGAUCUUAAUUUAGACUAAAGUGAAACUAGGAAAUAAGUGCUGUUAGCAAAAUAAAGGCAAUUAACAAAUAAUGACUUUAAUUUUGUUCAAUUUACAGUAUGUUAAAUAUGGUAAUUUUGUAUAUAAAGUAGAUGUUAAUGUA